GAAAUCUGCUCUCAUACAAAAUGAUGAAAUUCGUGGUUCUUUCCUGCUUGGUGGCGUGCGCCAUGGCCAGCGUCUAUGCACCCAGUCUAGCAUACAGCGCAUACCCAUAUGCGUACGGUUCAUACAACGGAGCUUUUGGUUUUGCACCUCUCGCAUACAGUGGUGCCUACCUGCAGCCGAGCAACUACCGCGGCCCUCUUUCUCUUGCGCCCGGUCAGCCCGCCGACACCCUCGGCGCUGACGGAAGGCCCCUGGACACCUUGGAGGUCAACUUGGACCGCUCUGCUCACUUAACCGCGAAGGCCCUUGACAGCGGUCUCCAUCUGUUGAAGAAGCGCUCCGUGGUCGCGCCGGCAGUGGUGGCUCCGAUUGCUGCUCCCAUUGCACCUAUCGCCACCUCUCUGAUUACCCCUGCGACCCCUAUCACAUACGCCGCGCCUAUCGCCCCCGCCGCCGUCGCUUACGGCCCGACUUACACUCACUACUUGUAAAAUUUUAUAAAAAAUGUAACAAUGAUUUAAACUGGCAAUAAACAUAUGAAGAUAA